CAUUAUCAGCAGUCUGUCAUGUAAACAGAAAUUUGACAGUUGAUGGUCAUGUUUUUGUUGAUAUUUUUAUACUAAAAAGAAAGAAUCGCUUAAAUGGAACAUUAAAAUAUCUAAGAGAUACAGAUUACGUUACGUUACACACUAGACAAUUGAUUCUAUUAAUAAAUCCCUUCAGUUUUAGCAGUCCUAAGAUGAGUGAAAACAACGGACAUUCUCGUCUCGUGUCAUAUGAGCAAGUGAAGUCUAUCAUAGACUUCAUGGCACAGCAUGUGGAGUUUGCAUCAGGUAACCUUCGAUCUCUUGAAGCGAGACACACAUCCAAAAGGCUAUGGGAGGAGCUGGCUAAACUACUGAACUCCUGUCGAGGAGGCACUAAGAAAACUACAGAUGGAUGGAGUAAGUACUGGAGUGACUUCAAAAAUAAAUUAAAGAAUAAGGUUUGGUUACUGAAGAGGAAGAAAGCUGGGAAUUAUCUCAAAGGAAUUAGGCCGCUGACUAAACUGGAGAAGCGAGCUCUGGCCAUACUGGGACCUUACUAUGAGAAGAAAAAGUCCAGAGAUGCUGACCCACAAAUGGACAAUAUGCACCCACAAGUAAAAUUGGAAAGCUUUCAGGAAACUGUACAUGUGAAGAGUUUUAGUAAAACAAGUAAUAAUGCCAGCAACAGGCUCUCAGCUGGUGAUGAUGAAACUGAUGACAGUGCGGAGUCCUUUGAAGGAGAAUACACAAAUGACAAUGACUCCAACACACCUGCAUUACAGAGUAUUUAUCCAAAAUGGCUGAUAGAAGUAGAGAAAAAACGUGCUGAUGCUGAGUUAAUACGAGCAAAGGCAGAAGAGCAGCGUGCUGCAGUGGCUGCAAAGACUGCUGAAGCUUCACUCCUGCAGGCUGAAGCAUUGAGGAGACUGGCAGAUGCUGCAACCACUCAGGCUGAGGCUAUCAUGAGGAUAGCUGGUGUACUGGAGUCCAGAGCACAAAGGAACAGUAUGCUGGAUUUGUGAUUCAGGAAUUAAUGGCUCUGAACACCAUGUAGCUAGUGCAUAAAUCUAUUACAAACCAAAUCUUAAUUGCAUCAUAAUAAGUUUGAAAAUAUAAUGUAAUUGGACUAUGUUCAGCAGUAGAUGAUGGUGACAACCGUUUAGGGUAGCUCGAUGUGCUGGUGUCUCCAACUACAAACUAUGCUACGUCUAGAGAGGCUCAUAAUGGAAUUGAAUCUUUUAUAUUGUGCAAUUAAAUUAUAUAAUUUUUAGAUAGCAAAUAGAUAUGGUUAUUCCUAGUGUUGUGAUUUUAAGUGUAGAUAAUUAUGAUUGAAAUUGUAGCUUGUUCUUGGGGUCUAUGUCAAAUGAAUUUAGUAUUUGAAAAUAAAUAUUGAAUUUCUUCAAUAGUAUGGUUGUUAAGUAUGAUAAAAAAGUUGUUGUAUAUUGUUAUUUUUAUUAUAUUCCUAAAUGUAUGUGAUAAGUUUAUCUUGUAUAAAUAAUGUAAAUAUGAAAAAACUAUUCUUUAGUCAACUAUAGUGGAUAGAGGCUGGUCACAUUAAUAUAAAAUUAAAAAAAAGAAAUACAACUUAAAAUAAAA